ACAAAGAUCUGUACAAGGAAGUCAUGAUGGAGGAUCACCAAUCUCUCACAUCACCAGUUAAGGAAGAGAGAAGAACACCGGAGAUAUGUCCCAGUCUUCUUCUUCCACAGGAUGGUUCAGAACAACAUCACAAUGUCCCACAGGAUGAUCAGCUUGUGAAUUCGGGUGAAGAUCUGAACAUUAUAUAUGUUACAGAGACACAUGAGAUGGAUGAUGAGCAGAGUAUAGAGGACAUUCCUACAGAUAACCACCCAGAUGACUGUACCAGGAGCUCAGAGGAACAUCUGAUAUCUUCAGAUUUUAAAGCUGAUGAUUGUGGCAUCAAAGAAGAUACAUAUGAAGCCCUUCACACCAAAAAAAAAUCGGAAUCUUUUAAACAGGUUGUUUCUCCUGGUUCAUCACAGACUGUAAAGCAAAAUAAACGUUACCGAGGAUUUGUUGAACAUCAAAAUGCUCACGCAAGGGAGACGCCAUUGUCAUGUUCAGAAUGUAGAAACUGCUUUAGCCACAAAUCAGAUCUUGUUAUACAUCAAAGGAGUGGUGCCAGGAAGAGAACAGUUUGUUUAGAAUGUGGAAAAUCUUUUAACCAGAAAUCAGCUCUUGUUGUACAUCAGAGAACACACACAGGGGAGAAGCCAUAUUCAUGUUCCGAAUGUGGGAAACAUUUCACCCAGAAAACAGGUCUGAUUAGGCAUCGUGUGACUCACACAGGCGAGAAGCCAUUUUUAUGCCCGGAAUGUGGUAAAUAUUUUACGCAGAAAUCAAAUCUUGUCAUCCAUCAAAAAGCUCACACAGGGGAGAAGCCAUAUUCAUGUCCAGAAUGUGGGAAAUUUUUUAACAAAAAAUCUGUUCUUAUUACACAUCAGAAAAUUCACACAGGGGAGAAGCCAUUUUCUUGUCCCGAAUGUGAGAAACGGUUUCCAGAUAAAACGCAUCUCUUUAAACAUCUAAAAACUCACACAAGGGAGAAGCCAUUUUCAUGUCCAAAAUGUUGGAAAUGUUAUUCUCAGAAAUCUGACCUUGUUAAACAUCAGAGGAGUCACAAAGGGGAGAAGCCAUUUUGAUGUCCUGAAUGUGGAAAGUGUUGUCCGCUGUAAUUGCACAUGAAAAGGUAUCUUCUUAAAGGGAAUCUGCCAGUACAUACCUUGAAAUAAAUCCAACUGACAUGGGAGAUGUGUGUUGAGCAGCUGAAUCUAACUCAAAGGAUGAGACAAAGGCAAAGUCAAACAUGCAACAGGUCAGGGCAGGCGGCACAGGUACAGGUCAGGCAAUCCGGAUCGGCAACAGGAGAUUCAAGGCAAGCAGGCAGGGAAUACAAGCAGAAAGGAACCUUA